CGGAAAUUUGCGCUUGUUCUUGAAAUUUUCUUCAGUCUUCGCGGUUAAAUUGGUGGCAUCGGUUCGUUUUUUUCUAUUAAGUUUUAACAAGAAUGUAUAUUUCAGAGUUAGAAAUUUAUAAUAUUAGUGAAUGUAAGCAUGCUAUUUUAAAAUUUCCACCAAAUUCACAAAAGUCUCCUUUAUAUCUGGUGCACUCUUCCGAGAAAUGUGAAAUUAUUUCGUUAGCUUUGCAAUUAAUUUGUGGCUCAAAGUAUUGUCGUGCCUCUGCCCUGCAUGAAAUUCGUCAUAAAAUCUCUAAUGGCAAAGUGAGGCUCACUUUCACUUUGCUGAAAACUACGCCGGAGCAGCCAACUGCUGAAAGUUCGCAGCUGCAGGAUCAUAGUAGCGACAGUGAUGUUCCUUGUACCUCCCGGCAGGCACGACAAAGACUUGAACGUCGUUUGGAGCGACGACGGCAAAGUGAAAGACAGCAGAGCUGUUUGGUUAUCAAUGCCUGCCGGGAUUUUACUUUAAAUCCAGAUCUUAUAGUAUAUUCGAUCGAUGGAGGACCACCUUUGGAAUGUUCGGUUUUAGUUUUCCAAAUACGUUUUUUCACCUGUACCGAACUUAUAUUUCCUCGUUUAAUGGAAGUGAGCCAUGGCCAGUAUUGUAAUGGUCGGUGGCUGGAUUUGUUGUCUAUGGAAUUUGUGGAUAAGGGGAGGGAGGGCAACAAACUUCUUAAAAAAUUUUCUAAACUCUAUGCCAAAGGAAAUGUCUAUCCAAACGACUUACUCUGCCAACUAACUUCCUCUGUUCUUACGGCACGCAACUAUUUGAACAAUUCCCGUUUAUCACAUCUGUUAAAUAUUUUCAAUGACAUUCGUUGGGUUUUCGAGUAUAUAACCUGUUCGGAAUAUUCCGUUUGGUUUUUGCUGCCUUCGCGUUUUGGCAAUUUAAAAGAUAUUAGAGAAAUUACAACAGAAAAUAUAAAUUUUGAUUUAAUGAAAACCGAAAUACAAUUAAAAAGUGCGAGUGCUAAAGCUGUUCCUUGGCUAGAGACAGAAAAACAUGUACAAGAGCUGUUUUUGGUGGCGGUACAAGUGGCUUUUGGUUAUCAUUGUCAGCAGAAUAUUAUUUAUUUACAUAGUUUGAAUUAUCUAGAAAGGCAUCAAAGUUUUGAGUUUUUGAAUUACUCUUUAUUGCAGUCUGCUGGUGGCAGACAGUUAUUUGCUGAGAAAAACUAUUUCGAGCGUAUUUUCAAUAUUUGUGAUAAAUUGAAUAUUUGUUGUGUUUUGGAAUAUGCCGGCAGUUUGCCUUUCUAUCCCAGCCAGUGUUUUGUUAUUUAUAGUAAUUGGCUGAAUAACUCUCAAGAAUGGCAGAUUUAUGUUAAAGAUUUGUCGGCCAAUCAAGAUUCAAGUUCCACAAGAGUUGAGAAAUUUCUACAGCAGCUUAAUGACACAAUAAAAUAAGGUAUUUAUAAAGCAUGUUUUUUUUAUUAAAAUGUUAUUGGGUCAAACGAA